AUGGUCCUCCCGAGGUUUCUGUAUACGUAUAACAACCUCGAGGUCUUGAAACUCCGCGCGUCUAUCGUCCUCGACGUCCCCGAGGACGUUCGUCUCCCUUCCUUGAAAACUCUGCACUUGCUCUGCGUGGAGUUUUGGAGCGUCGAGUCCGCGUGUAAGCUUCUGUCGGGAUGUCCUGUCCUCGAGGAGCUGGUGUUCGACAAGAGUGAUAACGUCUCUCCGCCGUGUUUCUAUAUCGAUGUGCCUUCGUUGAAGAGGUUGUCGAUUCUCGAUACGUAUCGAGAUGAGGAGAACGAUUCUGAUGUUAGGGUUGUGAUAAAGACUCCGGCUUUGGAGUAUUUGAACGUGUUGGAUACGUGUGACUCUGGUCUCUUGCUUCUGAGCGAGAAGAUGGAGGAGAUGGUUGUGGCGAAUGUUAAUGUUGUUUUCAAAAGUCCUGAGACGCUGAUGAGAUGUUUUACAUUUAUCCAAUCCAUCCCACUACUUCAAGGUCUUAAAGCUGAGCUUUUUGCUGAAAAACAAGAAUUCGUCAGAAAAUAUGUCGAACGUGUUUUCGAAGUUUUGCAAUCAAGAUUUGCAAUAGUAAAAAAUCAUGCUCUACUAUAG